AUGGGGGCUGAGGCCGAGAAAUAUCUAAAGGAUCAUCUGAUCCCUCAACUCUUCGAGGUGAGGAAAUAAGUUAAUUAAUUAAUCCCUGGCUAUAAAUUGACCUUUUAUUUUCAGGGACUAAUGACCGGUUUAAUUUACAAUAAACCAGAAAGACCCGUGGAUUUUCUGGAAAAUGCCCUGGCCAAGAUCAAAAACAAUCCUCAUAUGACCGUAAGGUGGGAUACAUUCGUGGACUCAGCCAAUCUGCCGACCAAAACGCCUCAUACUGAGACUCAAAUAGAAGAAGAAGGAGAAGAAGGUGGGCAAAAUAAGGGAAACAUGGUUCUUUAUAUAAUACAACAAUCAGGCUUGGGGGCAUGUUCCGGUUUUCUAGUUUUGAAACAUUCCUUUUUUACAUCUCGAAACACCUUAGACAUUCUUAGGAUCUUAUAAAAUGCCCCGGAGAUCGACUGUAAUCGAUUACGCAAGACGGGGAAGUGUAGGGCAUUGCUUAGCGGCCAAUCCGGCUAGGAUGAGUAACAGUAAGCUAAAAACAAUUUUCCGUAAUGUAUUUUUUUGCACUCUUACUAGUUAGAUAAUUUAUAAAUUUAACGUGAUUUUAGAAAAGAGACCAAAGAAGAAAAAAGAAGUGGAAGCGACGGCAGAAGAGUCCCCUGGAGAUGAAGAGGUCGAAAAGCCCAGAAAGAAGUCAAUCUCAAGGUACGGUCACGCUUCCAAGUUGAAUAUUUCCACUAACACAAGUGAGGAUAGACGUCGUAGUCUAGUUCCUUCAUUGAAACCACCAUCAUCAAGAAGAUCAUCGAAGUCCCCAAAGUCAUCCAAGACGACCAAAAAGGGGAAGAAGAAACGAAAAAAGGUUGCCAAGGAUACCGAAACCGUUUCCGAUGGGUCUGAGGCGCCGCCGGAAGUGCCGCAUUCGGAACCGCACAGUGAUUCUGGGGCUUCCGACGGUUCCGAAGCCGUGUCGGAAGACUAGUCCAGUCCAGUUGCCUAACCUCUAUCACUAUUUGUGGCUAACACUUCCGUAAAUAACUCCACCUUUCCUUUCCACUUUCCGUUUUCUGAAUAAUUUUUGGCUGAGUAAAUGCUUUCCUAUACGUGUUCUUUGCUACUACUGAUCUACAUUUCCGAGGAAUUGCGUGUCGUAACCCUGUUCUCCAGUGUAAGUCAAUUAGAUCUAUCACACGUCCCAUUGCUUAAAACUUUUUGCUUUGUUUGUUUCCGACAUUAAUUCAAACUUUCCGCAAACCACGCAGAAUUGUGAUACCCAUGGCAUUGGUCUUUAGUCAUUCUUUUCCAUUAAUCUGUUUGCAGCGGUAAGAAGUCUGUUUCUCGUAGUGCAAGCCAAGAGAUGGGGCAUCAACGGCGUCCGUCUGUGGCCAAGGCAGCGCAGCAUGCCUAUGUAAACCCAACUGCUCCAAUCAUCUUAUUUAUUGGCGGACCAGGUGGAGGCAAGACGAAAUAUGCAGCGAAAGUGCGAGACGCCCUGGAGAACAAAGGACUGGUCCAUAUUUGUGUACCAGAUCUCAUAAAAGAUGCCAUUAAGCGGUAUAAGACCGUCUAUCCUGAGUGGAAAGAAGCUUCCCGAAAGUACGAUCGGGGUAUGUUUUCUAUCUUCGUUCAUUAUGUAAUAUGCUUAACAAUCGUGUAGGUGAAUUAAUAUCAAACGAUCUGAUUCAAAUGCUGGUAAAGGCUGAAAUGGGACGGUAUCCAAACGCAAAUGCUUACUUCCUGGAAGGAUUUCCUCGAGAGGCCAAACAAGUCGAAGAUUUUGAGAAGAAUGUAGGUGAACCGAAUGAUGUCUUAAUAAUUCCAGGUGAGGAAUGUAAAUCUGGCGAUGAUAUUGGACUAUGAUGAGGAGACACUUCGGACUCAUAUGAUGAACAGGGGCUUGGAUCGAGAAGUCAUAGACCGACGGAUCAACGAAUUCAGAAAUAAAACCCUCCCAAGUGCUAAAUACUUUGAUGACCACCGACUUUUGUACUUGGUAUGCAAUUUUGCAUUGUGACGUGUCUAUAAUAACUAAGUUUAAUUACAAUUUUCUUUUCAGAUCCCAGGCGAAAAAGAUGAUAAUGUAAUACUGGAUAGAAUGAAGAAGUUGGUCAAGCGUGCAAUGGAGAGCGGCGUUUCGAUGGUGGCGAAGCAUCCAGCUGCAACGUCAAAAGGCCAAGUAAGGAUGGACUCAGUUGGGCAUGCUUCCUGUUUCAGGGCGACUCCACUACUUCGAGUCGGGAACCUUCCCCCAGCCUUCCCUCUGCCAAGCGAAAGGUCAAGUCUCGUGCUACCACAGACGAGAACCCAAACCCUCAGGGUGUAGAAGUUCUCGAAUCUUCAACUUCCAAAGGAUCAGAAACCGAACUUAACACAGGUAUUUCUUGUUUGGAUGAUUUAUUUAUACCAAGGUUUUAAUCCUCUUUUUUUAAACCGGUUGUAAUUUCAGAAAGAGACAAGGAUACAGCCCGGCCCACUACUACGGAUACAACAGCUCGAUCAAAACCGCAAACCCCUGCGACUCCUGGGGUUUCUAAGAAUAAAUCGCUGUCAAGGGUAGCCACAAACGAAUCCAUUCACACAACUACAACUCCCGGAGAAGCAGAACAGAACAGUUUUGAGAAUAAUACCCAGAACGGAGAAAAUACUAAUCGGCGGAUUACUAGAGAGGUCUCGAAAGCAAAUCUCUCGCAGAGCCAAUCUCGGCCGUCCACCAGCAAAUCGAAAGAAAGUAGACCAGGAACGGGGACUGAUGGGGUUAUAAGGCAGAAUCCUGCCUCCAAACCACCAACCCGAACCGGAUCUCGACCUGCAACCAGUGCUUCGAAGAAAUCCACGUCUGCGAAUUCACGUCCUCCGUCAGUUCCAAAAACGCCAGCGGCAGAAGAGAACGACACAAUUAGACCUCCAACGACGGCAGUCGAAAUGGAAAAAUUGCCUGAAGGUAAUUUUAGAUUUUAUAAACAAUCUGUAAAUAAUUAAAGAGAAUGUAGUCGAUCCAACCGCGGAAGCAAAUGUACGUCUAUUGUCCGCGAGCACAGUAAGCCGCCUUCCCAGUGCAGCUGAUCGAUUCCCGAAAGGCCUGCCAAACAAUGCACCCGUGAUUUUAAUAUUGGGUAUGCUUAUACUAAAAGAAAUUAAAUCAAACUUAGGUGCCCCAGGGUCGAAUAAAAAAGAAAUGGCAGAAAAAGUCGCCAAGAAAUAUGAAGGAUUUGUUCAUAUUAGCAUGGGGGAUUUGCUCAGGAAAAAAGUUAACGAUAAUCCCGAAGACGAACUCUGGAUCAGGGUGGGAAAGAAGAUGGAAGCCGGAGAACAGAUCCCUAUGGUAAUAUUUAAGUACCAUACUGAAUGCGUCUUUGCAGAAAAUAUGUCGAGAAAUUUUAUAUUCGACGGUUCACGAAAUGGGAAACCGAUCCUGGGGAUAUGUAAUCGAAGGCUAUCCACGAACACUGGCACAAGCUGAGGAUAUCGAGAGCCAACUGGGCCGAUUAGAUGUCGCUAUAUUGUUGGAUUGCACAGAGCAAUUCUGCAAAGAUAAUAUCAACAAGCGAUUCGAGGAGGCCAAAGAAACCGGAAACGCUCGACUUGGUAAGAAAUUUUGCCAUGCUUUUUAUACUUUCAUUCUACCCAUUUUAGAUGAUGACGAACAAUCACUCAAACAGAAACUCGCGUUGUUCAAGCAAAACACAUUGCCAAUGCUCAAACAUCUGGACGAAAAGAAGAAGUUGAGAGUGGUAAGUAAAAUCAAGACCCGAGAGAUAAAUGCUAUAGGGUGUUUCAAGAAAUAUCGGAAAAACGUUUUUCGAAUAUCUUUGUACCCAUUUCCGCUUUGCAAGAAGUUUAAAUUGUUUUUAAAUCCCCCUUAUUACAAAGUCCAGGCCUCUGUACGGCGAAUGAAAUUAGGUUUGCCACAUCUGGUAGGAUGUAACCUGGUAUUCUCGGGAGCUUGGCGGAUGUUUCACACAUUGGCGAAGACUCGGCGGGGACUUCUUUAUCGGCGGAGGCCGUUUUGGGGGCUUGGUUUUUGCAAAAUUUUCUAGAUAAACGUCUUUGGUAUACUAAAUUCCAAAGACUUUUUGCGGCGACUAGUAUCCUGCACUGUUUGCUCUAGUCAGAGCAAGUGACGUCAAUCGGACCUAAAAACUGUGACUGACAUAGUAUAUCCUACCAGAUGUGACAAACUUAAUUUCAUCCGUAUUACAGAAGUCUGGGCUUUGUAACGAGACGUCAUAUUCAAAAAAGGCAUCAGAUGUUUCGGCCAAAAUGUGAUUUCUCCUCCGAGGCGAGAAAAAAUCUUUUACACAUUCUAAAAACGCACGACUUCGAAUUUUAAAUACAGCUUAAACUUCUUGGAUAGCUGCAAAGGGAACAAUUUUUCUUUUUCUUGAAACUCCCUCUGCAUUAAGAAAAGAUGAUAAAAAUUACUUUAGGUUGAAGGCGAUGGCCCAGUGGAUCGUUUGUUUAGUACAGUCACCGAACUUAUGGACUCUACUGUGUUUGCCAAUGGUAAGUAUCCCUCGAAAGUAGUAACGAUACCUCUAGAUGGCAAAACAAAUGUCCCGGAAGUCGAGAGCCGUGACUUGCGUACAGCUGGAUCAGUGGCAUCAUAA